AAGGGAUUUAUCAGAAAACUACGGUCGAAUGAUGUCAAGGUUUCGCCAAGCUCUACUGUUGUGGUUUCUGACUCCCCUCUACAACACCAUAAGUCGUUCCAAGAUCUCACUGGUGUUACCGAAUCAGACGACUCGAGCGAGCAGGAUGAUAUAUGGUCAUCUAACCACAGCAGUAGACUGGCAAGCCCAGACGAUAACCUGACAGGGAAAACAUCAAUCGACUCUCGUAUAUCUGGCUCACCCUCAGCGAAAGGGAGCCCAAGAAGGAAAUUGAGUCGUCGGAGUCGCUGGACCAGAUCCAGCCCAGAAGGAGCAGGCUUGGGGACCAUUGAGGAGACGGCGACUGACAAGCCGAAGCCAACUAUUCUCACAGUGGAAAAAGCGGCUGCUGCCAAGAUAUACCUCGAGACGCACUUUAAUGAGCUCUGCCGUGAAUCACAACGCCGCUUGGUCCGAUGCCAAAAAUUCGCAGAGCAGCAAGUUAAAGAAGGUCUUUUUUACGCUCCAAGCCUGGUUUCUGGAAAUAGUACCAUUAACAGCAGUUCUUUCUACUACUCGGAAAGCUGUCGCCUGAGGGACAUACGAGCGUUGAAAUCCAAAUGCACAAUCCUGGCCAAACAACAAAAUGCCAGCCCCUUUGUGUCCAAGUAUGAGCCGCUGAAGGUACUGGGGAAAGGUAGUUUUGGAGUUGUCAGGCUAGUGCGGGAGAAAUCAAACUCGCCUUAUAAUUUCUCAAAUCAAGUCUACGCCAUGAAAGUUAUACGAAAGUCAGAUAUGCUUCGAAGCAGUCAAGAGGGCCAUCUGCGCGCCGAGAGAGAUUUCCUCGUUUCUUAUGAAGGCUCCACCUGGGUUGUGCCCUUGAUUGCAAGUUUUGAAGACAUGUCAAAUCUCUAUCUUGUGAUGGAGUACAUGCCCGGUGGUGACUUCCUGGGACUGCUGAUCCGAGAGAAUAUACUACACGAAGCUGUAGCGUGUUUUUACAUUGCUGAGAUGAUUCUGGCCGUUGAGGAGGCCCAUCGCCUUGGAUUCAUCCACCGUGAUAUCAAACCUGACAACUUUCUUAUCUCCAGUUCGGGGCAUCUGAAAAUUUCCGAUUUUGGGCUUGCAUUUGAUGGACAGUGGCCCCAUGAUGCAUCGUAUUACAAUUACCAUCGAUAUUCACUGCUACGAAAACUCAAUAUUGAUGCUAAAGGGGACGAAAAGGACCAAGAGGAUUGCAAAAGUGUUCAAGCGCAGGUCGAGAGAGCUCAAGCACUGGCAGCUGAAGUCGGGCGACAUGACGAGCAGACUCCAGGAAGUGAUCGGGACCUCACGGCUAUUCUUGGAUGGAGAAGCACGCGUAGCAACCGUUCGAGAGCCAAUUCUGUCGUUGGCACAAGUCAAUACAUGGCUCCCGAGGUGAUUCAAGCACAAAACUUUCAGACCUACUACGACGACGAAGGCAGAAAGCCUACAAAACAAAACAUCUUGGCCCAUAAAGAGAAAUUCCGCUUUCCUAUGAGACCUCUCGUCAGUGAUAGAUGCAAAGAUUUGAUCUACCGCUUGAUCCAGGACAAGGAAGUUCGACUCUGUUCCAAACGAUACCAGAUGCUUGAUAAGCACCAACCAGGAGCUGCGAUGCCAACCGAUGCCUAUGGUAGAUAUGUUUUCCCCGACGAUGCCGAGGAUAUUAAGGCACAUCGAUUCUUCAAAAGCGUCCCUUGGGACACCCUGCACAACACGGCACCACCUUUCGUCCCUCAUAUCAAUAGCCUUGAAGAUACGCAUUAUUUUGAUGAGUCCGAACCUCUCGACGAUCGAGUUGAGUCGGUGGCGGAAAAGGCUGGGCUUACAGAUGACGAGGUUCGGUGGGUAUUGCGAGAAUUUAGGCCGAGCAUACAGAACGUGGCGAUUCGGAUGAUCCACACGCCAUAUGAUUCAGGGGCUCUUCGUAGCAGGGACUUGGAGAUUGACUCGAUGGGUGCAUUUCUGGACGAAGAGAAGGAGCUUCUGAAGAGAUUUAUGAGGGAAUACGGACGGAGAGUACCCAAGCGACCAAGAGACAUUAUUCUACGAGACGACAGUAUGAAGGGCAUGGCCAUGGAAGUAAGGAAACAAAGCGCCUUUAUGGGUUACGCGUGGCAUAGCGUGAGG